UGUUCAAGCCCAUGAUGGAAUUAUCACAACACUAACUUGUACUACAAGUUACAUUUUAUCUUUAGGCGGAGAUGAUAAGCUCUGUGUGUGGGAGAGGUUCCAGGGCCAUCUUUUAAAUACUCUACAAAUGACUGAGAUGUAUUGCACUAGCAUGGUUAUGCUUACCAAUAGACUUCUCAUCACAAGUCGACAGGGAUCGCUUACUGUAUGGGACAUCACCUCUGGGGUCCCAGUUCGUGUGGUGCGACUGGGAGACCGUGAUGACUCUGUCUUCAUCCGCCACAUGAUGCCCGUUGCAGAUACGAUUGUCUGUGAUUAUGGCAAUCAACUGCGAGUGGUGAAGUUACCUGUUGCAGAGAAGAUGGACUGAAAGGGAGCUUAUUAUUUGAAGAGUGGGAUUUGAAGAUAGUCAUCAUUAGAAUUUUUGAAAGGUCCAUAGAUUGUUUUUUUCCCAAUUGUGGGGACUACUAGUGAAGGAUUGAGGAGUGUGCUUGUUACCAGUGCUUGUAAAUGACGCUGUUUCUUAUAGUCAUAUCACCUUAUGCGUAAGGAUAGUUGUAAUUAAGAGACUCAACACUCAAGGAGACAGAAAUAGAUGAAAAGGAUUAAAAUAUGUUUAUUAUAGUUAUUUAUUUGGUAGUAUUUAUCUUGUAGAAUUGUGUUUGAUGGACUGAUUAUGACAGGAAAUAGGGCAUGAUUAUGCAGUGCUGUGAUGUUUUAUUAUAGAUAAGUGAUUGCUUGAUCAGUGGAGUAAAAUUUUCAAAAGAAAAUCAAACACAAUACACAGUACUAAAAUGGAGGAAAAUACAGCAAUAAAGCUAAUUAUUUCUUUAGCUUUUACUUUUCUAUUUAUUUAUUCAUGUUUCAUGAUGAUAGAAAAAAAAGAAAAAAGAAAAAAAUACAGCUACUCUUGCCAAAGUAUUUUGCCAUCUUUAUUUUUAUUUUCUGUACAAGGGCAUUAGAUAUAUUCACAUUUGUAUCUUAUGUAGGGAAGUAUAAUUUUUUUGUAUUAUUUGCUUAAUGAUGAAUGCCUUAUACUUCUCUUGUACAUUUACAUGCUUUUUAUAUUUGUAAUUGAUAAGAUAAGGAAAAUAGAUCAAAAUGUUUGCAACUUAUUCCUAAGAUUUCCUUUUCUUCUGUAAAAAUGCCUUUAUUUUCCUAGAAAAGCAUUGUGUAUAGUGUCAAGAAAGUAAUAAAUGAAAAAUUGGUUGAGUAUGAUUAAUAACAAAAUAAAGGGUACUUCCUGUAAUAACAGAGAAAAAGUUAGCAAGGUUGGAUUAGCCUCCAUAUUUUUCCAAGGAUAUUAAAAACCACAAACUACAUUCAGAGAAUUUCCCCUUUCCUUAAAAGAUCAAAUUGAGAGUGAGAUGGAACAGACAGUGGCCUCAUUCUCAUUUUUCACACUGUCCCACUCACUCUUGCAAUGACACUUUUGCACUCAUACUGACACAUGUGUUUCAUCACACAAAUGGUCACUUUCAUUUAGACAUGCAUUUUAUACUUAUGUUAAAAGGAUGAGUUUUAUUUAAGAUUUUUAUGUGUGUAUGAAUGUAAAAGUGUUUGUGGGAAUUAAUUUGUUUACAGUCCAUGCUGUCAUUGCUGUGUAUAAACAAUUAGUGUGUAGGCCUCAGUCUAGUGAGGAUUUGAAGCUCCAGUAAUUUCAGAUGUUGAUGCCAUUAUGUAUAUAUUUUGAUUAACCAAUGACAGACUGUAUGCGUUCAAAAUGUUGAGUCUAAUUUAUUGAUCAUCAAAAUAUUUUUAUGGGGGAUAACAAGCAUUACUGACAUACUCAGUAUGAAAUGACUAUGUGAAAAAAAAGAUAUUGAAGAAAUCAUAAAUUUAUAUUUUAUUGUAUUCUGUCAAGCAUAAAUGUGUAAGCUAUUUUGAUAUUACAGAGGUUUUUAUAUUCCUUUGCCUUGUGGGAAAGGAAUAGUUAGAAUACAAUGCAAGUUUCUCCUGAUGGCUGUGAACAGAGUUUCUGUGUAAGAUGUUCGUAUUUUUUCAAAACUAAAUUUUUAAAGCACUACUGGAAGGCAGAUGCCGGUCAUAGUUUUUACAAACUGUAUGCAGACCAACUGACUGAUUAUUUAAGGAAGUAAACAAAUGUUAACUGAACUUAUUGUUUUGAUCAUUGAUAGUUUUCCUUUGUACAGUGAUACAGGACUUCACAGGGGCUAUCAUAAUGAUACACAAGACAGGCACCCAUAUACACAUAUAGAAAUACAUUUUGUAUCUGACAUGUAUACAAUGGCAGUGUAUUAUGAUACUGCUUGUGAUAUAUACCAGUAUAUGAGUUCUGUUGCAACUUCAAGAUGAGCUGUGUCUCAGCUUUUAGUUCUUGCUCCAGUUUUAUUGUCUGGGUCUAGGAAAAAUUACAUAUUUGGUCCUUUCUCAUUCUCUCAUAAGAAAAUGUGUUGCUUAGCUGCUGUUUUUUACCAGAUAAUGUACAGGGACCUAUUUUACCAAGCGAUUUCAUUAACUUGAGUGGCAGAAAAGUAUGUCAUGUAGCACUGAUAUGCACAAGUUUAUAAAGCAUUUUGGAAAUACAAUUGUAAAUUAUUGUUUUUUUAUCAGUUUUUUUUUUCUUACCUGGAAGUUGAUUUUGAUAAUGACCUACUCUUGAAAAUUAAAUUUAAAGAUUAGGAUUGAUGUAGGUAACAGAAAUUAUAAGGUAAGUAAUGCAUUAUUGGUAAGCUCGUGAUAAUGCUGGUUAAUAUUAGUAAUUAUGAUUUUUUUUAUUAAUCACACCAUUUUAGGAAAAUUAAUUACUUUAUAAUUCAUUAUUUACCAAAAAUGUAACUACAUUCAUAUUGUAAUAUGAGUUUCAAAGAAUGCACUAAGGUAGCAAGUCUACUGGAUUGCAAACUAACCCAUUGGCCACGGGUACAUGUACUGUCCAAUGUAGUUUUCUGUGUAUUUGGUUGCACAUAGAUGGCUCCACAAGAGCUCAGCUAACGAGUCAAUCAGUAGGCCCUACAUGACCUCAACUGCUUAGAUCAUAUCUUGAAUUUUCUAGAAAAAUGUAUUUCCUCAUGUUAUUAAUAUUGAUAUCAUUAUUAUUACUAACUUUAUGAUUUUAUAAUAUUACUAAAAUACUAAUAGCAAUAAAAGAUCCAAAGGAAUCUUCAAAAAUCAUCAAAAGGUGAAAAGUUGAGAUAGGACUAGUAAUUGACUCCUGUGUGGUUAUGCAGUUGUGGAGCCAUUUAUGCAUAAAAACUUACAGUGGACACAGAGAAUGUUGUGCCCCCCUGUCACUGUGGACUAAAGAAAUCAAAAUGUUUCAAAGAC